UCACCUCCACACUGUACGGUAACAGAGAUCGGAACGUGGAACCUCUCUGGGGAAACCGGAAUAACUCACUUCGCAGAUCAGAUCUAUUCGACGUCGUUGCAGUGAUUAUGGCUUCCUUCAGUGGCGAUGAGACGGCACCGUUUUUCGGCUUCCUUGGGGCCGCAGCUGCACUCGUCUUUUCCUGUAUGGGAGCUGCCUAUGGCACAGCAAAGAGUGGUGUGGGCGUGGCUUCAAUGGGUGUGAUGAGACCGGAGCUGGUGAUGAAGUCUAUUGUUCCUGUUGUUAUGGCUGGAGUUUUGGGUAUUUAUGGUCUUAUUAUUGCUGUUAUCAUCAGUACUGGCAUUAAUCCCAAGGCCAAAUCUUAUUACCUCUUUGAUGGUUAUGCACAUCUCUCCUCUGGUCUUGCUUGUGGGCUGGCUGGGCUCUCUGCUGGCAUGGCUAUUGGUAUUGUUGGUGAUGCUGGUGUUAGAGCCAAUGCACAGCAGCCAAAGCUUUUCGUUGGAAUGAUUCUCAUCCUCAUCUUUGCUGAAGCUCUUGCCCUGUAUGGUCUCAUUGUUGGUAUCAUCCUGUCUUCUCGUGCUGGUCAGUCUAGAGCUGAUUAAGAAAUAUGUGCUGCAAAAUAUUCUUUGAUCUCCCUUCUGCUUUUAACCUUCUUAUUAUGAGGGCGAGGGGGUAAAUUGUUAAUUGUGGAGGUUAGUGAUGUUGGGACGGCACUUUCAGGAUUUAACACAUACUUAUGUGAAACCAGUAGCUGCACCAGUCAUUUUUGUGUUUGUAUAAGUGUAGUCUUUCUUUGCUUAAUAAAGCUUCUUAAGCUUCUUUUUUCCCUGU